CCCGGCCGCGGCGCCGCCCGCCGCCCGCCGCCCCCGCCCGCCGCCCCCGCGCGGCCCGGCCCGGCCCGGCCCGGCCCGACCGCGGCGCAGCGGCGGGGCGCGCGCGGCAACAUGGCGACGGUGCCCGUGUACUGCGUCUGCCGGCUGCCCUACGACGUUACCCGCUUCAUGAUCGAGUGCGACGCCUGCAAGGACUGGUUCCACGGCAGCUGUGUUGGGGUGGAAGAGGAGGAGGCGCCCGACAUCGACAUCUAUCACUGCCCAAAUUGUGAGAAAACCCACGGGAAGUCCACCUUGAAGAAGAAGCGGACCUGGCACAAACACGGCCCUGGGCCCACGCCUGACGUGAAGCCCGUGCAGAAUGGCAGCCAGCUCUUCAUCAAGGAGCUGCGGAGCCGGACCUUCCCCAGUGCGGAGGAUGUAGUGGCCCGCGUGCCAGGCGGCCAGCUCACACUGGGCUACCUGGAGGAGCAUGGCUUCACCGAGCCCAUCCUUGUCCCCAAGAAAGAUGGAUUGGGUUUGGCUGUCCCUGCUCCCACCUUCUACGUCAGCGACGUUGAGAACUACGUGGGCCCAGAGCGGAGCGUGGACGUGACGGACGUUACCAAGCAGAAGGACUGCAAGAUGAAGCUGAAGGAGUUCGUGGACUAUUACUACAGCACCAGCCGCAAGCGUGUGCUCAAUGUCACCAACCUCGAGUUCUCCGAUACCAGAAUGUCCAGUUUUGUGGAGCCGCCUGACAUUGUGAAGAAGCUGUCCUGGGUGGAGAACUACUGGCCUGACGACGCACUGCUGGCCAAGCCCAAAGUGACCAAGUACUGUCUGAUCUGCGUGAAGGAUGGCUACACCGACUUCCACAUUGAUUCUGGCGGUGCUUCUGCCUGGCACCACGUACUCAAAGGAGAGAAGAUCUUCUAUCUCAUCCGGCCAGCCUCAGCCAACAUCUCCCUGUAUGAACGCUGGCGGUCAGCCUCAAACCACAGUGAGAUGUUCUUUGCUGACCAGGUAGACAAGUGCUACAGGUGCACUGUCAAGCAAGGCCAAACCCUCUUCAUCCCCUCGGGCUGGAUUUAUGCCACGCUCACCCCAGUGGACUGCCUGGCCUUCGCUGGUCAUUUCCUCCACAGCCUGAGCGUGGAGAUGCAGAUGAGAGCAUAUGAAGUGGAGCGGAGGUUGAAACUGGGAAGCCUGACUCAGUUUCCCAACUUUGAGACUGCCUGCUGGUACAUGGGGAAGCAUCUGCUGGAGGCAUUCAAAGGCUCUCACAAAUCUGGGAAACAGCUGCCCCCUCAUCUAGUCCAAGGAGCUAAAAUUCUCAAUGGUGCUUUCAGAUCAUGGACAAAGAAGCAGGCGUUGGCGGAGCACGAGGACGAGCUUCCUGAGCACUUCCGGCCCUCUCAGCUCAUCAAGGACCUGGCCAGAGAGAUCCGGCUCAGCGAGAAUGCUGCCAAGGCGGUCCGGCCCGAAGUGAAUGCUGCAGCUUCUUCAGAUGAGAUCUGUGAUGGUGACCGAGAGAAGGAGGAGCCGCCAUCUCCCAUUGAAGCCACCCCACCUCGGUCCCUCCUAGAGAAAGUGUCCAAAAAAAAGACUCCCAAAACUGUGAAGAUGCCUAAACCGUCCAAAAUGCCCAAGCCCCCCAAGUCCCCUAAGCCUCCCAAGCCCCCCAAAACGCUGAAGCUCAAGGAUGGAAGCAAGAAGAAAGGCAAGAGGAACCGGGAGUCUGUCUCACCCACCAUCCCUGACCUGGACCUGCUGGAGGCCCACACCAAGGAGGCACUGACCAAGAUGGAGCCCCCCAAGAAGAGCAAGGCCACGAAGAGCGUCUUAAGUGUACCCAACAAGGACAUGGCCAACACGCAGAAUGAUGUGGAGAGGCUGGAGAUCCGAGAACAGACUAAGAGCAAGUCGGAGGCCAAGUGGAAGUACAAGAACAGCAAACCUGAUUCCUUACUAAAGAUGGAGGAGGAGCAGAAGUUGGAGAAGCCGCCCAUGGCUGGAAACAAGGACAAGUUCUCCUUUUCCUUCUCCAACAAGAAACUCCUGGGCUCCAAGGCCAUGCGGCCCCCGACGAGCCCUGCUGUGUUCGGGGCCUUGCAGAACUUCAAGGAGGAACAGCCCAAGCCCGUGCGGGAUGAGUACGACUACGUGUCGGACGAUGGAGAGCUCAAGAUUGAUGAGUUCCCCAUCCGCAGGAAGAAGAAUGCCCCCAAAAGGGACUUGUCCUUCUUGCUGGAUAAGAAGGAGGUGCUACCCACACCUGCCACAAAGCCAAAGCUGGACUCCACGGUGUACAAGAGUGACGACUCGUCAGAUGAGGGCUCACUGCAUAUCGACACGGACACCAAGCCCGGCCGCAAUGCCAAAGUCAAGAAGGAGAGCGGGGGCUCUGCUGCUGGCAUCCUGGACCUGCUGCAGGCCAGCGAGGAGGUCGGAGCACUCGAGUACAACCCCAACAGCCAGCCCCCAGCCUCCCCCAGCACGCAGGAAGCCAUUCAGGGAAUGCUGUCCAUGGCCAACCUGCAGGCCUCCGACUCCUGCCUGCAGACCACAUGGGGCUCCGGCCAGGCCAAGGGCAGCUCGCUGGGGGCCCACGGUGCGCGGAAGAAUGGGGGCGGCAGUAGCAAGAGUGCAGGCAAGCGGCUGCUGAAGAGGCCGGCCAAGAACAGCGUGGACCUGGACGACUACGAGGAGGAGCAGGACCACCUGGAUGCCUGCUUCAAGGACUCAGACUACGUUUACCCCUCGCUGGAGUCGGAUGAAGACAACCCCGUCUUCAAGUCCCGGUCAAAGAAGAGGAAAGGCUCGGACGACGCCCCCUACAGCCCUACAGCGAGGGUUGGCCCGUCAGUGCCGAGACAGGACAGGCCAGUGCGCGAGGGGACCCGAGUGGCCUCUAUCGAGACUGGGUUGGCAGCCGCUGCAGCCAAGCUGUCCCAGCAGGAGGAGCAGAAAAGCAGGAAGAAGAAGAGCACCAAGAGGAGGCUGACUCCCAGUGCGGCCUCCACCUCCACCUCCGCCUCCACCACGCUGGCCUCCACCACACCAGCCUCUACCACGUCAGCCUCCACCACACCGGCCUCCACCACACCAGCCUCCACCACGCCGGCCUCUACCAGCACAGCUAGCAGCCAGGCCUCGCAGGAGGGCAGCUCCCCUGAGCCCCCGCCUGAGUCUCACAGCAGCAGCCUCACCGACCACGAGUACACGGCGGCCGGCGCCUUCGCUGGGACCCAGGGUGGCCGGGCCUCCCAGCCCAUGGCGCCUGGCGUCUUUCUCAGCCAGAGGCGGCCCUCGGCCUCAUCCCCCAACAACAACAACACCACUGCCAAAGGAAAACGUACAAAAAAGGGCAUGGCUACUGCCAAACAGAGGCUGGGGAAAAUUUUGAAAAUUCAUCGGAAUGGAAAACUGCUCCUUUAAAGUUUGGAAAGCCAGGAUCUUUCUGCUCCGCUCAGGACCCCCGGAGCCCCGCCAAAACUUCGCCCCCCACCCCGCCCCACCCCCAGGAGGGUGGCCAAGUUGCCUCGCCCGGGGAGGAUCCUGCUUCCUCCCAGCCACCAGCUCCCCCAGACGAGCGCCUGUCCUUGAGCAGGCGAAAUGGGCUGAGCACGGCCAUCCCUCGGUUUGGACUUGAAUGUCCUUCCUCAAGUUGCUUAGCGUGACCAGAUCCUGAAGGAGCAGCCCUGCCACACUGGCGACCAUUCCAGUUUCAGGACAGCAUCCAGGCACCCCAGGAGCAUGGGUGUGAUGGUGGGGGCCUCCGCAGCUCUGCUGGGAGUACGAGGCCUUCCAGGAAGGCAGAGUGAGCCAAUGCUCACCGCCCCAAGAGUCUGAGCUGGCCACAGGCUAGUAGCCUCCAGAGGCUUAAAACAAGGCCAAGGACACAGAGAGGAAGACGAGGAGCGGCCGGGGUGUGGAUGAGCCUCCCUCCCUGGCUGGCGGAUGGCGAGCCGUGUGGUGGGUGGCCAGAGGGCGUCUGUUAGGGGAACAGCCAGGAUUGACAACCAGGUCGGUGUGUCAGAGCUGGGGAGCCGUGUGGGAAGGACAGGGCCUCGGUCACGUCUUUGGGUCCUGGGGGCCCCGGCUAAGCCACGUGGAGGGGCCCUAGCUCUAGCCCUGCCCAGCCACGCUCCCGAGAAGCACUUGAUGGUCAGAACGCUGCCCUGGCGGCUGGUGGGGCCGGCCAGCAGCCCCGGGACACUCGGACGGGCACGCGUGUGCGUGCGUGCGUGCGUGUAGUGUCGCGAGCGUGGGCCGUCCCUGGAUGGCCGUGUCUGCCCAUCGUCACACACAGGGGCCGGGUUUGUUUCUCAGGCAAUCCUGUAUUUUAAUUUUAGAUGUAUUUCCUGAAGCAUAUUUUUCAUAGAAUGUAGCGUGUAAAUAGCUUUUUAAAUGACUUCUUUUUUACAAGAGUAAAAGUUAUCUUUAAGGAUUUCUUUCUAGAGGGUCCUUCAUUAACACUUCUACGAGUUCGUGGGUGGCCGAGUCGGAUGGACGGUCGGGUUCCGAUGCUUCGCCCUUCUCUUGCUUUCCUUGUGUUACCGUUGCUGUUGCUUUCUUUUAGGAACUAAGGUAUUGCCUGAUAAACAAGUGCUGUCCGUGCAGCCUCCCGCUCGGUCCCGCAGGGCGAGUCGCGUGCCACGGGGCCGUCGCAGAGGCGUCUUGAAGAAGAUGACCCUUCAACCCUGACACCAGCUCUUUGUCCUUGUAUGAUGAGGGGUUAGGGGAUGCAGUUGUUUUACUAGCACCUUGUGAAGUGUUUCUGUGUUUUGUGAUGCUGUAAUUUAUUAAUGUUUGUAGCUUUUUAUAUUUGUACAUUUCUUAUGAGCUUUGUUUAUAUACCCAUUACCUGGAGGUUCUGUCCAUGGGGAGCAGCAGCUUGGCGGAGGCCUUCUCCCCCACCCCCGGCUUCUCCUGUGAACAGGGGAGGGACGCGGUCCCCAGGGCCCAAACCUGGGAGAGGGGAGGCUCACGGGGUCCCACGCUUACUCCCCUCGGGGCCCCUGUGCUUGUCAAACAUUUAUAUAAUCUAACCCGGUACCAAGCUGUUCUCUCUCUCUCUCUCUCUUUUUUUAAUUUUAUUAUUAUUAUUUUGGCAACAUGUACAUUUCUAACAAAGUUUAUCGUGGCUAUUAAAGUGUUUUAUUUCCUGA